UGUUUUUAAAAGCCCUAAAACAUUUUCAAAUGGACAUUCGACAAUUGGAUAUUGUUCAAGGCGAUUUUGCUCAGGAUUAAUCUUUUCAAUCAAUUUUGGGGUUCCUCAUACUGCUCUUGAAGGAAGAUGCAUACACACUUCUAUCAAGAUUUUGGAGACAAUAUUGAGAUAUGACAACUACAACUACAAGAAACAAGACAUGGUCAUGGACCGAUGAAGUGCUUCCCUUUGUUGCUAUGUUAUUGAUAACAUGCUUAGAUAUGAGCGUCCUCACAAUAGUUAAAGCCGCUAUGAAUGGUGGUAUGAAUAGUUUUGUUUAUAUUGUUUACCAUGAUGCCCUUGGAACAUUGAUUCUUUUUCCAUUUUUCAUCAUCCAUACCUUCAGAAACGUUGGGCGGCCUCCACUCACGUUCCGUAUACUUUUCAGAUUCUUCGUACUUGGCCUUUUAGGGCUUUGUCUUUUUCAAGUUCUUGUGUAUAUUGGUAUUGGCUACAGCUCUCCAACCAUGGCAAGUGCCAUUGCUAAUUUGACUCCCGGGAACACGUUCUUGAUUGCAGUAGCUUUCGGGAUGGAGAAAAUAGACAUAAAAAGUUCAAGUAGUCGAGCAAAAUUAUUUGGCACAAUAGUAGCAAUAACAGGAGCAAUGGUGUUCACAUUUUAUAAAGGCCCAGAAAUUUUUAACAUGAUUUCCUCUUCUGAUUAUUCACCCAAUCAUCGGCUUCUUUUCUCACAAGCAUCCGAUUGGAUUUUUGGAGGUUUGAUUCUUGUGAUUGGUGGAAUCGUUGGUUCCAUUUGGAAUGUUUUACAAUCAUCGACAUCUAGAGAAUACCCUGAUCAAGUUACAAUUAUUUUUUUCUUCUGCCUUUUUGGGACAAUUCAAUGUGUAGUUUUAUCCUUGUUCUUAGUGAAAAAUCCAAUCGAUUGGGUGCUGCCACCUGGCAUCGCGAUAUUUGCUGUUGUUUUUGGGGGGGUAUUUUCCACUGCAUUUCGUAGUAGUGCUGUGAUUUGGUGCUUGAAGAAAAAAGGUCCAGUUUUUGUUGCAAUGUUCAAUCCCCUCUCUAUAGUAAUUGCAAGCACCAUGGGUGUCAUUUUUCUUGGUGAUUCACUUCAUUUAGGAAGUGCAAUUGGAGCUGUGAUAGUUGCUGGAGGAUUUUAUACAGUGAUGUGGGGCCAGGCUAAACAGAAGAAGAUGGAGACGAAUAUUUUGGAUGGUGCAGAUGAACCCGGAUCAUCAAAUCCUACGACUCCUCUCCUUUCAUCUGUAAAUGAAUCGAAAUGUUAAUUUGUUGUGAAAUUGAGUAUCAAAUGGAGAAAUAAUGAUUUAUAGAAAAAAUAAAGUAAAUAAUAGAGUAAUGUUUAAAAGAGAAUUCAAAA